GGUCACCGGCGAUGUGGAGCGGCCUGCAGAAUGCUUCCUCCAUCGCGCAGCUCGCCGGCGUGGACGCCUUCGUGCUGAUCACGGCGAUCGUGCGCGCGGCGCGGACGGCGAGGCGGAACAAGAAGACCUGCCGGGAGCUGGCGGAGCAGGUGGAGCGGAUCGGCGGCCUGCUGCGGAGCCUGGAGGAGCAUCCGGGGACGAUGGGCAUCAUGCGGCGGCCGGAGACGAGCGCGCCGCUCGUGGAGCUGCACGAGACGCUCCGGCGGGCGUGCGCGGUCGUCGAGUCGUGCCGGCGCAGCGGCUACGUGCUCGGGCUCUGCGCCGGCGGGUCGCGGGCGACCAGCCUGCGCGACGUGCAGAGCAGGAUCGCCUUCUUCCUGCAGCUGUUCCCCAUCAUCAGCCACCUCGACAGCACGCGCCUCCUCGUGCAAGUUAUCGACAGCGCCGCCGCUCGUGCGCCGACCUCGGGCGGGGAGACGGAAGAGGAUGUUGUAAGGACUCUUGAAAAUCCCUCAGAUCCUCAGGACGAUGACAGGAUUCAGAAUUUAAGUUUUUCUCAGUUAAUGAAUGCCACAAAUAACUUCUCAUUUGGAAACCAAACUGAACAAGGCCCCUUAGGUACUUUAUACAAGGGUCAAUUACAUGGCAAUGAUGUCACCAUAAAAAAGCUUUCAAUAUCUAGUGAGGGGCAGCAGCUACCACCGAUUAUGAGUCAAUAUGAGCUAUUUAAAAACGAGGUUAAAAUUCUCCCCAAGCUUCAGCACAAUAACAUAGUGAAACUUAAGGGAUUUUGCGCUGAAAGAAGCAAGAGGGUUUCGGUAUAUGAAUACAUGCAAAAUGGGAGCCUCGAGGACGUCAUCUUUGUACGCAUGAGAGCAGGCUUCAUAGUUGACUGGCCUUCACGCUUUCGCAUAAUCGAAGGGGUUGCACAGGGUGCAGUUUAUCUGCACCAUCACUCCAGGAUACGAAUUAUCCAUAGAGAUUUGAAGCCGAGCAACAUUCUCUUGGAUUCAGAUAUGAAUCCAAAAAUAUCUAACUUUGACUUGGCCAAAGUUUUAUGUCCAGGCAUGAUUCAGGAUACGGCGGCAUGUGUUGUGGGCUCAAUUGGAUUUAUUGCCCCAGAGUAUAUGGCAAAAGGUACCUUCUCAGUAAAGACCGACGUGUACAGCUUCGGGGUCAUGGUACUUGAAAUCAUCAGUGGGAAAAGAUGGACUCGGUCGAUUCAGGAAACUUAUUACCGGGAUCUACUAACCUGGGCCUUCAAAGGGACACCGUACAGCGCCAAGCAGGUGCAGAGGCUCAAGGGUUUCAUGGAUCAAUCGUUGCGCGGCAUCUCUUUCUGCAGCAGGGCUCUGCCCAGGUGCCUCUCAUUCCCAGCGAGGAGGAGAAUGCUGUCACAGCAGAGAGAGAUGAAGAGGUGCGUUCGGGUGGCGCUGCUGUGCAUCCAGGAGAAGCCGGAGCGCCGGCCGGACAUGCUGGAGGUCACGCGGAUGCUGAGCCCCCGGAAAGCUAGCAGGGUGCCGUUCCCACGGCGGCCAGGCUACGUCAGGGAGAGUCCGAUGUACGCCGGCGACAGGACCACGGCCACGACCCCCUGAGGCAGCUAUAUAUAGCCAGCUGGAAGCUUGCCUACGGUUUCAUUUGGUACUACGAUGAUUGCAUUGCAUCAUAGCUGCUACCAUGCAGUGUGUCUCCUUGGCAAUGUAUUUAUUUUUAGUUUAUGAGUACUAGUAUUAACUAUAGCGUCAAAUAAAUUUAUCUUAUAUC